AUAAACCCUAAUCACCCCAUUCAUAUCAACACCCUUCUUCCUCCGCCUCACUCUGUUACAGAGAGAAGUGUGAGAGAGAUCAGACUGAGAGAGAGAGAGAGGAGAAAUGGUUUCAGGUUCAGGUAUAUGCGCGAAACGAGUGGUGGUGGAUGCUCGCCACCACAUGCUAGGUCGAUUGGCCUCAAUUCUGGCGAAGGAGCUUCUCAACGGCCAAAAAGUGGUGGUUGUCCGAUGCGAGGAAAUCUGCCUUUCCGGCGGACUCGUCCGUCAAAAGAUGAAGUAUCUCAGGUUUCUCCGCAAGAGGAUGAACACCAAGCCAUCUCACGGACCCAUCCAUUUCCGCGCCCCUUCGAAGAUUCUGUGGCGAACGAUUCGUGGUAUGAUUCCCCACAAGACCAAGCGUGGAGCAGCUGCACUUGCACGUUUGAAGGUGUACGAGGGUGUCCCACCACCAUUCGACAAGAUCAAGAGGAUGGUUAUUCCUGACGCACUCAAGGUUUUGAGGCUUCAAGCUGGCCACAAAUACUGUCUGUUGGGUAGACUUUCAUCAGAAGUCGGAUGGAACCACUACGACACUAUUAAGGAGCUGGAGAACAAGAGGAAGGAAAGGGCACAGACGACAUAUUUGAGGAGGAAGCAAUUGACCAAGCUGAGGCUCAAGGCCGAAAAGAUUGCUGAGGAGAAACUCGGCUCUCAGCUUGACAUUAUCGCUCCAAUCAAGUAUUAAAAUUAGCAUCAUAAAUAUUUUCUGAAGCUACAAUUUUGUCGGACAAAUGGUAUGUUUGGAUUUGAAUUGUUAGUUUUUAAAAUUAUUUUCGAGUAUUAUGUUUCCUUUCAUUAAAUACUCAAUCUGAGGAUUUUCUUAUGACUUACCGACUUUCUUGAAGUAUUAUGGAUGGAUUAUGUUUUCCUUUCAAACCA